GGGACGGGGGAGCCCGGGCUCCAGGAAUAUUCAGGGCCGGGGACUCUGCCCCACCAAUGUUUGGAGCCGGGUCUCUCCCCCAGCCCCGCCUGGAGCGUCCCCCAGCUCCCGCCCGCCUGCGCGCCUCCCCCGGGCCCCAGAGCGUCCCGGCCUGGUUGAAAGCGGGCGGCUGCCCUGCCGCUCCGCGCUGCUCUCCCUCGCCUGAGCUGCCGGCCGCUGCGGGGCUGCAGCAGGGGAGCAGCGCCGGCGGCAGGCUGAGGCAGCUGGCUGCUGCUGCCGCAGCUGAGGAGCGGGAGGGGGCGCAUGAUUGGCAGCCCUCCGCUCCCCAGCACCCACCAGGAGGCAACACCAAGGGGGCUUCCAGCUGGGAGACGUCGGGACUGGACCGGACUCACCUGAGCAGCUGCUGGGGCUUGGGACUAGAAGAGAGUUUCAAGACAGAUUACCAGGAUUUUCCAGUGUCUUCAACAAUGAUAUUGCGCUCAAGAUUCCAAAAGCCUUCUGAGGUGAAGAUUAGAAAACGACAAAUAAGGUGUGGUAAAAAUAAACAGAAAAAAUCAACUGCAUCUCGGAUACCAGUGGACCAGGAAACUACACGUAAAUAUCAAAACCUAAAGAAAUCAUCAAGUAAAUGUGAAGCAUACCAACACUAUGACAGAAAGAAAUGUUACAUACUGACAAGGGACUCAAAAACGCUGCGUUUUGAUUUAGACGAGUAUGGUCAUUGUAAAAUAUCAAUUGAGGAUUCACAAUCCACUGAAGAUAUUGCAUGGUUAGACAUAUUCACAAGCAACAAACUGAAUAACUGUGCUCCAGUGGCCAGAAACGGAAUUAAACGUUGUAAAAAUUUGGUGACCAUGACCCAGCGAUCAAAAAAUAACUUUCUCCUAUUGGGCAAGAAUAAGAAACAACUGUACCUGAAGGUCUUGAAUCCAAAUGGUAAGACAAUGGAGGGUCAUAUGGUGAAAGAAGACAGCAUGGAAGUGAUUACAGGUGGAGCUCCUGACCCCAGGCAGUUGACUGAACAAGACAACCAGCUGUUCAUCAUGCAUAACAACCAAGAAGAUUCAGUUAGGUUUCAGUGUUAUAAGGAUCAGAACUACUACCUUCAUGUGAAUAAGGACUCCGUUGAUCUAUGCAAGAUGGAAGAAACUGAUGGUGAUACAGGAAAAGACUUCUAUUUCAAGGUGGCAUAUGUGUGAUACAUAGUUCCCUAGGCCUUGCAAUGUCUCAAGUAUGUACGAAGCCCCUAAAAUGAGCCAACACAAAAUAGAAAUGAAGGGAGAUUGAGAUCAUGUGGGGAUCAAGUUCCUUAGUUUUGUAUAAAGUUUUUCGAUAGUCUCUGUUUCGAGAUUCACUAUUUUUAAUGUCUGAGAGAGAUCAGUUUGUGUUUUAAAUAUACUUUACCUGAGUGACAUAUGUAACUUAAAGGGGGGAUGGCUAGCAGUGUUUUAGAAAAAAGCAAUUUCUUGGUAACUUUUUUUCUUGACUUUAUAAUUUAAAGGAGGCUGAUUUGGGAAGUGGGAAACACAACAGCAGAGACCCCAAGAUAGGAAGCGAGAAUCACAGAAAAGAUAAAAUAGAAAACACUUUUAAUAUUACAUUUUGUAAUAAGAAAAUUUGUUUCUUAAAUGUCCCACAUCAAUUCACCUGAAAAACAUGGAGAGAAAUAAUUAUUCAGCAGCCACUACAUGUACGUGAAUAUGUGUGCACUAUGUACUUACUUUACUGAGGCUUUGCUGCAGUAGCCAUUCUGCUCCCACCCUGGAGAUCUGAAAAAAAAGAGCAUAAGGACAGAGGGCUAGUAGUUAAAGGCUAACAGCAAAGCUAUUCCACCUUCUUUACCACCCCCCAAGUAAACCCAUUUGCAUCUUCAGGCUGCUCCAGCCCCAAUUCUUCAUCUUUCCACCCCCCACCAAAAAAACCAACGGCAUGGCCUGAGAAUCCCACUGCAUUAGCGGGAAGAAGGCAGAUUGGACAUCAUGGAAGGGUGUGCUCCUUGUGAACUUUGGUCUGGUCAACUCCUAACUCUGAAUCCUAGAGGGAAAUACAAUAGAGAAGGAAAUCUUUAGCUCAGGUACAGAACAAAGUACAAAACAGUACAAACAAAAAUUGAAAUAAGUGUCUGAAUAAAUGAAUUCAAAGAAUAAACUCACGCUUCUUACCUUGGGCUUGCAGCAGGCCUUGUGCAGGACAGAGCCAUCUGAAAUAGGCAAAGGAACAAACCAAAAAUAUGAAGGGGUUGAUCUAGACAUCAAGGCUCUGAUUCUCCAUUUCCCAGCACCUUACUUCAUUAUUUACCCAUGUAAAGUGGGUGUAAAACACUACCAUUUGAUUUCAUAACCUCUUAAACUCAUUUUGCUCUGGUGUAAAUGACUACACAACAGUGAACCAGGCCUUAAAUAUCAGACAUUACACAACUACUCCAGGGUACUAUACCUGGAACUGCAGGUUUGGUGAAACAAUGCACAGGUCCCACAACAUUUGCAGAGAGUGUUCUGUGUGGAUAUAGUACACUGUGUGCACCUGGAACAGGAAACCUAAUGUGGACACUCAAUUGUACUAGGCUAAGUUGCAAUCAAGCAAUUCUCUAGUAGGCUUCAAAGUUGCGUGAGACCAUGCAAGAAGAGAAACAGAACUUAAUUUUCACACAUCGCCAUGCAUAAUGCUACUGCUGGGCUAACAUCUCUUAUACUCUUUAAAUAGUAAGAAUGUGUGCAAAGUUGUGAAGAAACCUAACAACUUUUGCUGCUCAAUAAACAAGAGAUUCUGACAUAACCCCUUCAUUUUGACUAAAAAUUCUUAUGGAUCCAGGUAUCUGAUCAGACACCAUUUAAAUCAGUAAAAGACAGCCAUUGACUUCAAUGUGCAUUGCACUGGAUCUUAAUGAUUUGAAAUCUCCAUUGGAUGAAACAGACUUGAGUGACUUUGAUAAAUAGAACUAUCUGUUAUGUUGCUCACCCAUUAAUUAAACUAAAUGUCAUUACACAACAGUAUCUCACAAUACAUUUAUUUUGAGAAAGAGGGCAGGAGAACAAAGACCCUAAUUCAGUUUGAAUAUUUGAAAAGUGCUUCCAAGUGCAGGUAUUUUGGAUUCAUUCUGUGCUUCUGGAGCAGGGGUGGGCAACCUUUUUGGCCAGAGGGCCACAUCGUGGUUGCAAAACUGUAUGGAGGGCCAGGUAGGGAAGGCUGUGCCUCCCCACACAGCCUGGCCCCUGCCCUCUAUCCACCCCCUCGACUUCCCACCCCCUGACUGCCUGCCUCAGAACCUCCAGCCUAUCCAGCUCCCCUGCUCCUUGUCCCCUAACUGCCCCCACCCCAGGACCCCACCCCCUAUCCAACCCCCCUCUCCCCCCCCCCCCCCCAAGCCCCUUUCAGAAUGCAGCCCUGCGAACAUGGGCGGAGGACUCAGGAGGAGCAGGGGCAACUGCGCAGCCGGAGAGAAGCGGCGGUUUCUCCUUCAAAGCACUGCUUCUCUCUGGCCGGCUGCACAGCCGGCUGCUGCUCCUCUAGAGUCCUCCACCUGCGUUUGCAGCACUCCCAUCACCCACACCUCCCGCCUGCUCUCCUGAGGCUGUAGGUGAGCCUCCAUCCCUGCUCUCCCCUGCCCCCACAGUGCAGCCCCCCCCACCCUGUGGGGAGUGCACCAGUGCUGAGCUGCCCGAGUGCCUGGCCCUGGGGCCCCCUGUUGUUGGGGGACCUGUGUCAGGGCACCUGUGUUUACGGGUAAAUCUGCCCCUGAGUCGUGCCGCCUGGCCGGAGCCAGCCACACCGCCAUGCUGCCCGGCAGGAGCUCGCAGCCCCGCCACCCAGAGCGCUGACGGCACGGUGAGCUGAGGCUGCCAGGGAGGGCUGGGGGCUAGCCUCCCCGGCUGGGAGUUCAAGGGCCGGGUAGGAUGGUCCUGGGGGCUGGAUGUGUCCCAUGGGCCGUAGUUUGCCCACCUCUGCUCUAGACCCUGUUGUGCCACUGAUUAAGAUUAGCAAUAUGAUGGUCCUAUUCAUGUAAAAAACACUCUCUCUAGUGGCUAAAUUCCUGGAACUGAUCCUUCACUGGUUUUAGGAUGAAGCCGGUAGUGAGUUGAAGUCACUGGAAAGAUUCUUCCUGACUUCUGUGGCCUUCGGACUGGGCCUGUAGUAAAAGUGUGAAUUGUGGUGCCACAUGUACAGUAUAUAGUUAUUUUGCACUUGGAUUGUUUACAUGCACAGCUUCAUUUUUUCACUCUCUCCUAUUUCAAAUUAGGGCUGUCAAACAGUUAAAAAAAUUAAACAAUAGAAUACCAUUUAUUUUAAAUAUUUUUGGUUGUUUACUACAUUUUCAAAUAUGUUAAUUUCAAUUACAACACAGUGUACAGUGCUUAGUUUAUAUUUAUUUUUAUUACAAAUAUUUGCACUGUAAAAAAAAUAUUUUUCAAUUCACCUCAUACAAAUAUCAUGAAAGUUGAACUUAUAAAUGUAGAAUUAUGUACAAAAAAACCUGCAUUCAAAAAUAAAACAAUGUAAAAUUUUAGAGCCUUCAAGUCCACUUGUCCUACUUCUUGGUCAGCCAAUCACUCAGACAAACAAGGUUGAUUACAAUUUGCAGGAGAUAAUGCUGCCUGCUUCUUGUUUACAAUGUCACCUGAAAGUGAGAACAGGUAUUUGCAUGGCACUGUUGUAGCUGGCUUUGCAAGAUAUUUACGUGCCAAAUGUGCUAAAGAUUCAUAUGUCCCUUCAUGCUUCAACCACCAUUCCAGAGGACAUACUUCCAUGCUGCUGAUGGGUUCUGCUUGAUAAUGAUCCAAAGCAGUGUGGACUGACGUGUUCAUUUUCAUCAUCUGAGUCAAAUACCACCAGCAAAAGGUUGAUUUUCUUUUUUGGUGGUUCGGGUUCUGUAGUUUCCACAUCAGAGUGUUACUCUUUUAAGACUUCUCAAAGCAUGCUCCACACCUCUUUCCUCUCAGAUUUUGGGUGGCACUUCAGAUUCUUAAACCUUGGGUAUAGUGCUGUAGCUAUUUUUAGAAGUCUUACAUUGGUACCUUGUUUGCGUUUUGUCAAAUCUGCUGUGAAAGUGUUCUUAAAACAAACAGACUGCUAAAACAUGAAAUAUAUGCAGAAUGCGGGUAAAACAGAGCAGGAGACAUACAGUUCUCAGCCCCCCCCGCCACCAGGAGUACAGUCACAAAUUUAAUUGACGCAUUAUUUUUUAAACAAGCAUCAUCAGCAUGGAAGCAUGUCCUCUGGAAUGGUGGCUGAAGCAUGAAACGGGCACACAAAUGUUUAGCAUAUCUGGCAUGUAAAAACCUUGCAAUACUAGCUACAAAAGUGCCAUUCCAACGUCUGUUCUCGCUUUGAGAUGAUAUUGUAAAUAAGAAGAAGCAGGCAGCAGUAUCUCCUGUCAAUGUAAACAAACUUGUUUGUCUUAUUUCAGAGUAGCAGCCGUGUUAGUCUGUAUUCGCAAAAAGAAUAGGAGUACUUGUGGCACCUUAGAGACUAACCAAUUUAUUUGAGCAUAAGCUUUCGUGAGCUACAGCUCACUUCAUCGGAUGCAUUCAGUGGAAAAAAAACUGAAUGCAUCCGAUGAAGUGAGCUGUAGCUCAUGAAAGCUUAUGCUCAGAUAAAUUUGUUAGUCUCUAAGGUGCCACAAGUCCUCCUUUUCUUUUUGUUUGUCUUAGCGAUUGACAGAAUAAGAAGUAGGACUGAGUGGACUUGUAGUUUUUGCAGAAGUAGGACUGAGUGGUCUUUAUAGUUUUACACUUUUGUUUUUGAGUGCAGUUAUGUUACCAAAAAAAAUCUGCAUUUGUAGGUUACACUUUCACAAUAAAGAGAUUGCACUUCAGUACUCGUAUGAGGUGAACUGAAAAAUACUAUUUCUUUUAUCAUUUUUACAGUGCAUAUAUUUGUAAUAAAAAAUAAUAUAAAGUGAGCACUGUGCAUUUUGUAUUGUAAUUGAAGUCAAUAUUGAAAAUGUAGAAAAACAUCCAAAGUAUUUUUAAAAACUUCAAUUGGUAUUCUAUUGUUAUAAGUGUAAUUAAUUGCAAUUAAUUUUUUUGAGUUAAUCGUGUAAAUUAACUGUGAUUAAUUGACAGCCCUACUUCAAAUAUUUAACAAAGGCCUUUUCUUUUUAAAUCACAUUUUAUGUUUAAGGAAAUAAACAAGUAUAAAACACAGCAUUGAUAGUUCCUGUGAGGAUUUAGAUAGAUAUUGGUUUUGGACAUUGUAAUUUCACUUAUAACCUUCCAGAAAACACAGAGCAAAUGGUAAAUUCAUUAACAUAAUCUGUAAACAGAAUUCAUAGAAAAAUAGGUGAAUUGCUGAAAUCUGAUCUAAUUUAUGUAUGUAAAAAAUGUGAACCAACACUUUCAAAAGUGCCCAGUGAUUCUGAGGGCCUAACUUGAUUUACUUAGGGUCUGAUUUUUCAGAUGUGUUGAGGCAGAGCACAUGUGAAAAUCGGGUAGCUCAAGUUAGGCAACCAGAAUUAAUGGGAACUUUUGAAAAUUUAAGCCCUAACAUUUAGCAGUAUGAAAAAUAUAUAUUUUAUGCAUUCAGUAGUUAAAUAGAGAUGUAAAAUUUCAUAUAAUUCUGAAAAUAUUAUUGGUAGACCUGUAACAAUGUGAUAUACAACAUUUUACUUUGCAUGUACUAUUACAAACAGAUAUUUGGUAUAAAGUUUGUCAUCUAAAUCAAAGGUUUUUAAUAAACUGGGCACCUUUCA